AUGGCGGCAAUUACCAGUUCAGAUGGCACAACAACAACACCUCUAUUGGGAGAAUCUGACAAUGGAAGAGAAAACACAAGAAUCCAAAUCAUGGGAUGGUGGAACAAAGUGUUGGACAUGGAAGAGGCCAAGCACCAACUCUUGUUUUCACUUCCAAUGAUUCUUACCAACUUGUUCUAUUACUUAAUCACUUUGGUUUCUGUCAUGCUUGUUGGUCACCUUGGAGAACUUCAGCUUGCCAGUGCUACUCUUGCAAACUCAUGGUUCACUGGCACUGGCGUGGCUGUUAUGGUUGGUUUGAGUGGGGCACUGGAAACAUUGUGCGGGCAAGGAUUUGGUGCAAAGGAAUACCAUGUGUUAGGAAUUUACCUACAAGCCUCAUGCAUCAUAUCUUUUAUUGUUUCCAUCAUUGUAUCCAUUAUUUGGUUCUAUACAGAACCCAUCCUAGUGUUGCUUCAUCAAUCUCAUGACAUUGCAAGAACCGCUGCUCUUUAUAUGAACUUUCUUAUCCCGGGAUUGUUUGCAUAUGGCUUCUUGCAAAACAUCUUGAGGUUUCUUCAGACACAAUCUGUGGUAAUGCCAUUGGUUGUACUCUCAGCUCUUCCAUUGUUGGUUCAUAUUGGCAUUGCAUAUGCUUUGGUUCAGGGGUCAGGUCUUAGUUUUACGGGUGCUCCAGUUGCAGCUUCUAUUUCACUAUGGAUAUCAAUGAUAUUACCAGCCUUGUAUGUAAUGUAUGCUAAGAGGUUCAAGCAGACAUGGCAAGGAUUUUCAAUGCAUUCAUUCCAUUACCUACUUACAAAUAUGAAACUAGCUCUGCCCUCUGCAGGAAUGGUUUGUUUGGAGUAUUGGGCUUUUGAAGUUCUGGUUUUCUUAGCUGGACUUUUGCCUAACCCACACAUAACAACUUCUUUGAUUGCAAUAUGGGUAUCCAAUGAAUUGGGAGCAGGCAACCCUGAACGAGCUAAACAUGCGAUGAAUGUCACUCUCAAGCUCUCUCUCCUACUCGGUUUCUGUUUUGUCUUGGCACUUGGCUUUGGUCAUAAUACCUGGAUUCAGUUUUUCAGUGAUAGUUCUACAAUUAAAGAGGAGUUUGCAUCAGUAACACCUUUGCUUGCCAUUUCCAUAUUACUAGAUGCAAUCCAAGGUGUCUUGUCAGGGAUUAUGGAUUGGUUUGAUUUGUGGGCUGCUUUGUCAGACCGUGACUCUCUUCCUUUUCACAAGGCGUGCCAAAUGGUCUAA